AUGGGUUCGAAUUCGAUGGAGGAUGGUAGCGGAGAAAAGCAGACGAGGUUCAAUAUGUAUGCUUGUGCCUGUGCUAUAGUUGCCUCUAUUGUCUCCAUUAUAUUUGGUUACGAUACUGGUGUAAUGAGUGGAGCCAUGAUAUUCAUAAAGGAAGAUCUAAAAAUAAACGACACUCAAGUUGAAGUCCUAGCUGGAAUCCUGAACUUAUGUGCUCUAGUAGGUUCCCUCGUCGCAGGAAGAACAUCAGACUACAUCGGGCGCCGCUACACAAUUGUCUUAGCCUCCAUCAUUUUCUUGCUUGGUGCAAUUUUGAUGGGCUACGCCCCAACUUACGCAAUCCUAAUGACUGGAAGGUGCACCGCCGGGGUUGGUGUGGGCUUUGCGCUCAUGAUAGCUCCCGUUUACUCGGCAGAGAUCUCCUCUCCAUCGUCCCGAGGCUUUCUAACCUCCCUACCGGAGCUUUGCAUCAGUCUUGGAAUCUUACUCGGCUAUUUAUCCAAUUACUUCUUCGGAAAAAUGGCUUUGAAACUUGGCUGGAGAUUGAUGCUAGGAAUUGCUGCAGUCCCUUCACUUGCCUUGGCUUUUGGCAUUCUAAAAAUGCCCGAGUCCCCAAGAUGGUUAGUAAUGCAAGGCCGUCUGGGAGACGCCAAGAAAGUAUUGUUGCUUGUAUCCAACUCUAAAGAAGAAGCCGAAGCCCGUAUCCGUGACAUAAAAUCGGCUGCCGGAAUCGACGAGAACUGCCAAGAGGAUGUCGUCAAACUUUCCAGAAAGGCGCGCGGUGAAGGGGUUUGGAAAGAACUUUUGCUUACGCCUUCUCCCGCCGUCCGCCGGAUUUUGAUUGCGGCAAUCGGUAUUCACUUCUUUGAGCAUGCGACAGGCAUAGAGGCAGUCGUUUUAUACAGUCCAAGAAUCUUCAAGAAAGCUGGGAUCACUGACCAGGACAAGCUCUUGCUUGCCACGGUUGGUGUAGGGCUUACAAAGACUGCAUUUAUAUUUAUGGCAACAUUUUGGAUCGACAGAGUUGGGAGGAGACGACUUCUUCUAAUAAGCACAGGGGGCAUGAUUGCAGCCCUAACAGUAUUAGGGUUUAGUUUAACAAUGGCAGGGCAAUCAAAGGAGAUCAAGCUCUUGUGGGCAAUGAGCCUUAGCAUCGUUGCUAUUUAUGUAUACGUGGCUUUCUUUUCUAUAGGGCUUGGACCGAUAACAUGGGUGUAUAGCUCUGAGAUAUUUCCUCUGAAGUUGAGGGCACAAGGGGCAAGUAUUGGGGUUGCUGUGAAUAGGGUAAUGAAUGCUACGGUUUCUAUGAGUUUCAUUUCAAUUUACAAAGCAAUUACGAUAGGUGGGAGUUUCUUUAUGUUUGCUGGUAUCUCUGUGCUGGCAUGGGUGUUCUUUUAUUUCUCUUUGCCGGAGACAAAGGGAAAGUCUUUGGAAGAGAUGGAGACGUUGUUCAGCAAAAACGCAAGGCCUAGAAAUACAGGUAUAGAAGUUCAGCAAAGAAGCAAUGUGUAA